AUGGAUUGUUGGAAAACAGUGAGAGAUAAGAAAUGGGUAUAUCCUACACUGGUCUUAUGCACAUAUGGAUUUUUUGCAACAAUGAAGCCUGCAGAGCCCUUUCUGACACCAUAUUUAGUUGGACCAUACAAAAAUUUCACCAUUGAUCAGGUUACGAACCAAUUGUUCCCCAUUUGGACGUAUUCAUUCUUGGCACUACUGAUCCCAGUCUUCUUGUUCACUGACUACCUAAGAUACAAGCCUGUCAUCAUUAUACAAGGUGUUGCUUUGGUGAUUAAUUAUAUAUUGCUACUCUUUGCAGACGGAAUGAUGGCUAUGCACUAUCUUCAAUUCAACAAUGGUCUUGUAUCAGCUACAGAAGUGGCUUACUACUCAUAUAUUUAUAGUGUUGUUGAUGCUGAGCAUUACCAGAAAGUGACCAGUUACUGCCGAAGUAUUACUUUGACUGCUUAUACAGUGGGAUCAACAAUGGCACAACUUUUGGUUUCUCUGGAUAUUGUCUCCUAUUUCGAUCUAAAUGUCAUUUCAUUGGGAUCAGUGACUGUAGCCCUGGUAACAUCAUUUUUACUACCCAUGCCCAGGCAAAGCAUAUUCUUCCAAUCCUCAGAUAAAUCCUCGAAUGACUCAAUAAAAUCAAACAUAUCCAAUGGCUGUAUGAACUUCAAGAAAAAUAUGCAAGGAUCCACCGAGAAAAGUUUCUUCUCUGAACAAAAAUGGUUAACCCACUGGCUGAAUAUAAAGGAGAAAAACACUUUUCUAAAAAUGAUACUGCAGCUUUGGUCUGACUUUAAGAAUUGUUACUCAUCAAGAAAUCUGCUUUAUUGGUCUUUCUGGUGGGCCAUUGCUACUUGUGGCUAUUAUCAGAUUUUCAAUUAUGUUCAAGUGCUCUGGGAUCAUAUUGCACCAUCCAAGAACGUCUCUGUGUAUAAUGGUGGUGUAGAGGCACUGACAACUCUUACAGGUGCCAUUACCUCCUUUGGCGUGGGAUAUAUUACGUUGGAUUGGGCUGUCUGGGGAGAACUGGUGCUGGGAAUCUUCUCAGGAGUUAGCAGUGCUGCUCUAUUCAUCAUGGACACUACAAAUAACAUCUGGGUUUGCUAUGUUGGUUAUAUGAUAUUCAAAGCCUCAUACAUGCUGCUUAUUACCAUAACCACAUUCCAUAUUGCAUCAAACCUUUGUAUGGAACGUUAUGCCUUGCUGUUUGGAGUAAACAACUGCAUGGCACUAAUACUUCAGACCAUCCUGACUAUUGUUGUAGUUGAUUCAAGCGGUCUGGGGCUUGACGUUGUUACCCAGUUUCUGAUUUAUGGGAGUCUCUAUGCCUUGAUUGCUGGCAUCUUCCUGCUGAAAGGGGUGCACACCUUCAUUCAACACAGAUUGAGAAGCAAGAGGAGGAAUCUGAAAGAAGACUUCCCAUCUAUUACUUUGGAUCCUCCAACUCAACAGAUGUGUAUGAGCACUAAACUAUAA